AUCGCCUCUUGGUCACACACCAAGUGGCACCCCAGCUAGGACCCCGAAAAAUCUCGGCACCCAGCACUGCGCUCACCGGCGUUCAAGGCGUUCCCAACGCCAAAAGACUCUCGACCUACCACCCAAAAACUUGCCAGGCUAAGUACAGUAGUCCAUACUGACGAAUAUAGCACAAAUGGCAACGGGGAAGACGCGUUCAACGUCUGUGGGACCCGGCAAUUCAAACAUCCGCGUCCCCACUCCCACCAAUAGAACCAGAACAUCCUACCGCAACACUAUCUCCCUACUGUUGCCAAGAGAUGAAAUUAUACAGCAAGAAUACGAUGUUAAAGACAAGGAAAGCAGUAUUGCCUUCCUAGAGAAGUCUCCAUUCCGUCAACCGGGCACCCCCAUUUCUAACGAAAGUCUGUUACUCACGAUUCUGUAUAUCACCCAAUACACAGGAAUCCCCCGGAUCGUAGUCGAAGGCCUUCGCGCCACAGUCCUACUACUGGAAGACAAUCUUAACAGUAACGCCAAUGCGGCAACCCCCAACAUUCAGCAAAUCACGGAGUCUAUCUCAGCCUCGCUCUCAACUCAAGUGGCUGCAGACCUAUCAUCUUCACUAUCCGCCCAUGUUAUUGCGGCCAUCUCUCCACAUGUAGCCUCCAUUCUCACCGCCUCAGAAACCCUCAAAACAAACGUUGACGAAAUCGCGAAAUUGAAGGACAUUUUAACAGAAAAUUCAAAGGAAGACAACGGAACUGCAUCUGCAGCAGCUACUAGAGCUGAAAAGGCGGCCGACGCGGUCCUGAAUAGUAUUGCUGAUGUCAAGAACGUUGUGGAAUCUCUAAACGCUCCCCUUAGCACGACAAAACCAGGAACCUCAAAAUCAUACAGCGAAAUAGUUCAACAACACACUCAGACCCCGGCACCUGUAUCGGCAGCGGUGGCACGCGCCGCUACACGAGAUCGCCAGAUCUUAAUAGACCCUGUUCUGGGCCAGACACUCUUCGCCCCCGAAGCGAUGUAG